CCUCCGUCGCCGCCGCUGCAGUAGUGAGCUAGGCUAGUCCGCGGCGCAGGCAGUCAGUUAGGUAGUUCGGUAGGCAGACUAGCAGGCGUGCGGACUGGUCGUCGCAUCCCUCGGCCUCCUCUUCCCCCUCCCUCUGAGCUCCUCUCGCGCACGCGUCCCAGUCCCUCGGGCAUCUUCCGCUCUCCUCCCGCCCCUCCGCCUCUAGCUGCGCUCUCCGAGCCCCCGGCCUCGAGCUCGCGCGCACCUACCUCUCACCAUGUGCGGUAUAUUUGCAUACCUGAACUACCAUGUUCCACGGACAAGGAGAGAGAUCUUGGAGACUCUCAUUAAGGGACUUCAGAGACUGGAGUAUAGAGGAUAUGAUUCUGCUGGAGUGGGAGUUGAUGGAGGCAAUGACAAAGACUGGGAAACCAAUGCCUGCAAAAUCCAGCUUAUUAAGAAGAAAGGGAAAGUUAAAGCACUGGAUGAAGAAGUUAAUAAACAACAGGAUAUGGACUUGGAUGUAGAAUUUGAUGUCCAUCUUGGAAUAGCUCAUACCCGUUGGGCCACCCAUGGGGAACCUAAUCCAGUUAAUAGCCAUCCACAGCGCUCUGAUAAAAACAAUGAAUUUAUUGUAAUUCACAAUGGGAUCAUCACCAACUACAAAGAUUUGAGAAAGUUUCUGGAAAGCAAAGGUUAUGAUUUUGAAUCUGAAACAGACACAGAAUCAAUUGCUAAACUUGUUAAAUACAUGUAUGACAACCGAGAAAGUGAUGAUAUCAGUUUCACAACACUGGUGGAGAGAGUAAUCCAACAACUGGAAGGUGCCUUUGCACUUGUGUUUAAAAGUGUGCAUUACCCUGGACAAGCAGUAGGUACAAGGCGAGGAAGCCCCCUCCUGAUUGGAGUACGAAGUGAUCAUAAACUGUCCACGGACCAUAUUCCAAUAUUGUACAGAACAGCUAGGGUUCAGAUUGGAUCAACCCUCACACAAUGGGGAUCACAGGGAAAAAGAGCUGUACAAACUAUGGAUCAUUCUAUUGAUGUAAUAUCCAUAAAACAGGAAAAAGGCAAAGACAAGAAAGGAAGUUGUAGCCUCUCUCGUGUGGACAGCACUACUUGCCUUUUUCCUGUUGAAGAAAAAGCUGUUGAAUAUUACUUUGCUUCUGAUGCAAGUGCUGUCAUAGAACACACCAAUCGUGUGAUAUUUCUUGAAGAUGAUGAUGUGGCAGCUGCAGUGGAUGGUCGUCUUUCUAUUCACCGAAUUAAACGUACAGCAGGAGAUCAUCCUGGCCGAGCUGUACAGACACUACAGAUGGAACUAGAGCAGAUCAUGAAGGGCAACUUCAGUUCAUUUAUGCAGAAGGAAAUUUUUGAGCAGCCUGAAUCUGUUGUUAACACAAUGAGAGGAAGAGUCAACUUCGAUGAUUAUACUGUAAAUUUGGGAGGUUUGAAAGACCACAUCAAAGAAAUCCAGAGAUGUCGACGUUUGAUCCUUAUUGCAUGUGGGACAAGUUAUCAUGCUGGUGUUGCAACUCGUCAGGUUCUUGAAGAGUUGACAGAAUUGCCUGUUAUGGUGGAACUUGCUAGUGACUUUCUGGAUAGAAACACUCCAGUUUUUCGAGAUGAUGUUUGCUUUUUCAUCAGUCAGUCAGGAGAGACAGCAGAUACAUUAAUGUGUCUCAGGUAUUGUAAAGAGAGAGGAGCCUUAACAGUAGGAAUUACAAAUACUGUUGGCAGCUCCAUAUCAAGAGAGACAGAUUGUGGAGUUCAUAUUAAUGCCGGUCCAGAGAUUGGUGUGGCCAGCACAAAGGCGUAUACAAGCCAAUUUGUAUCUUUGGUGAUGUUUGCCCUCAUGAUGUGUGAUGAUAGGAUUUCAAUGCAAGAAAGACGUAAAGAAAUAGUGCUUGGUUUGAAGAGGUUGCCUGAUUUGAUAAAGGAAGUGUUGAGCAUGGAUGAUGAAAUUCAGAAACUGGCCAUAGAACUUUAUCAUCAAAAAUCAGUAUUGAUUAUGGGACGUGGAUAUCACUAUGCUACAUGCCUGGAAGGAGCCCUAAAAAUCAAAGAAAUCACAUACAUGCAUUCGGAAGGUAUCUUGGCUGGUGAAUUAAAACAUGGCCCAUUGGCUUUGGUAGAUAAAUUGAUGCCUGUCAUCAUGAUCAUCAUGAGAGAUAAUACGUAUGCUAAGUGCCAGAAUGCUCUACAGCAAGUUGUUGCUCGACAGGGAAGACCUGUAAUUAUCUGUGACAAAGAAGAUACUGAGACUAUCAAGAACACCAAGAGGACAAUCAAGGUUCCCCAUUCAGUGGACUGCCUCCAGGGCAUUCUCAGUGUUAUCCCUUUGCAACUACUGGCUUUCCAUCUUGCUGUUCUGAGAGGCUAUGAUGUUGAUUUCCCAAGAAAUCUGGCCAAAUCUGUAACUGUGGAAUAAAGUACAUCUGAAAUAAUGGAGGAGAUAACAGUGAAAGAAGCUUUUUUGUAUCAAAUAACUUGAUCUUUAAAACCCUCCCCUUCUAGCCUUAUUUCAUUAAAUCCAGAUUUAUCAACUAUUAUUACUUUUCCACUUAAUUAGUGGUGGGUGUUUUUUUUUUGUGAAAAUGAUUUCUUAUUUUUCCAUGUAUUUUUGUUGUUGUUAUUUUGAAUAAUGAAAUCUCUGUCAGGAAGAGGUCUUAAACUACCAUUUUUCUUUAAAAGAUUGUUAAGGCUUAAGUUUUGGGCCUAUGAAGAGGGUUUUAUUUUAUUAAAUAGUGUUUCCUGUGCCAUGUUUUAUUCAUUCAGACCAAUGAGAUAGUGCAUUUUAUUGAAUUAUCCAAAGCCAGUGUUGAUAUGUGCCAAUACCUGGAGUCUACAUUCAAACUUUACUAAAGGAGAUAUAAAGAUUUGUGGCUUUGAUUUAUUUUGAAACUUGUUUUGUUUUUAUUUGUAAAACUUGUAAACUGAAAAUUUUGUUGACUAAAUUUUAUUAGUAUUUAACACUUUAACUUCCCAAAGAUGUUACCUAUUGUAAUUUAUAGGUAGUGAGAAUUAUUUAUUGGGACAUCAGGUUUUUCUAAUCCAAACAGAACAUAUUUGAAUAAUGUCAAAUAACUUGUAAACUUUUCAUAGUACAGCUCUAAAAUCUCACCUGCUUUUGUGUAGCCUGUAGGAGAUCCAGAAUACAGUGGUAUUUUUCAUUGAAAUUCAAUACACACAUACUAAGGAUGGUUUUCUUUUGUCUGUCCAACUAAAUACAGCUGUUUUAAAUUUU